CAAAUUCUUAAAAAUGGCUUAUUUUUCAAGACUUUAUGUGUUUCUACUAUUGAUAGCAUUAAUUCCCAACAUUUGUUCUUCAAAUGCAAUUCAAGAUAGCCUCCUUCAAUGCCUUUCCAUUGAUGAAUCUUUAGCUCAACUCCCUAACAUUAUUAUCACCCCAAACAACCCCUCUUUCACACCCAUUUUGAAUUCCACCGCCUUAAAUCUCCGGUGUAUUGCUCCAUAUAUGGCAAAACCUGAGCUUAUAUUGACUGCAUUACACGAAGCCCACAUCCAAAGUGCGGUGAUUUGCGCUAAAAAGCUUGGGGUUCAGCUUCGGGUCAGAAGUGGAGGUCAUGAUUAUGAAGGGUUAUCUUAUACCUCUGUUAUGGACCCUCCUUAUGUUGUUAUUGACUUAGCCAAAAUGCGUGGCAUUAAUGUUGAUAUUGAGGAUGGUUCGGUUUGGGUUGAAGCCGGUGCAACCGUUGGUGAGCUAUACUACCGAAUUGCAGAGAAAAGCAAGACUCGUGCUGUUCCUGCAGGGCUAUGUACUAGCCUUGGCAUAGGCGGACACAUCACGGGUGGUGCAUAUGGAUCCAUGAUGAGGAAAUAUGGGCUUGCAGCCGAUAAUGCACUUGAUGCAAAGAUCAUUGAUGCAAAUGGUCGAAUACUGGAUCGGAAAGCCAUGGGAGAGGAUGUCUUUUGGGCUAUCCGUGGUGGUGGUGGGGCCAGUUUUGGAAUUUUAGUUUCUUGGAAACUAAAACUCGUACCUGUCCCUGAAACCGUCACAGUUUUUAAUGUUCAAAAGACAUUAGAACAAGGUGCCACCAAGAUUCUUUACAAGUGGCAACAAGUUGCUGACAAACUUGAUGAAGAUCUUUUCAUUAGAGUCAUGAUUCAAACCUCAAAUAUACCGAAUGAUACUCGAAGAACCAUAAGUACCACUUACAAUGCACUAUUUCUUGGAGAAGUAUCCAGACUUCAAGAAAUCAUGAAACAAAGUUUCCCUGAAUUGGGUCUCAAAAAAGAAGAUUGCAUUGAAAUGAGUUGGUUAGAAUCUGUUUUGUUCAUUGCAGGCUAUCCAAGAAGCGUUCCAACGAGUGUCCUACUUGCUGGAAAACCGGCUUUCUUGAGCUACUUCAAGGCAAAAUCAGAUUUUGUUAAAGACCCAAUUCCGGAAAAGGGUUUAGAAGGAAUGUGGGAAAGAUUCCUGGCAGAAGAUAGCCCAUUUAUGAUAUGGAAUCCAUAUGGAGGAAUGAUGAGCAAGAUUUCGGAAUCUGCAAUUCCAUUUCCUCAUAGAAAUGUACUUUUCAAGAUUCAAUAUUUGACAAGCUGGAUAGGGCCUGAUAAAGAAGUGAUGAACAAGCAUGUUGAUUGGAUUAGGAAGCUUUAUAACUACAUGACUCAAUAUGUUUCAAUGUUUCCAAGACAAGCUUAUGUGAAUUAUAGAGAUCUUGAUCUUGGAAUGAAUGACAAAAAUGGUGGUGACACUAGUUUUGUAAAGGCAAGUUCAUGGGGAACAAAGUAUUUCAAGGACAACUUCAAUAGGUUGGUUAAGAUCAAGACUGAGUUUGAUCCUGAUAACUUCUUUAAACAUGAACAAAGCAUUCCAGUUUUACCCUUGAAAAGUGAGCUCAAAGAUGAAUUGUGAAGAGGGAUAAGGGUAAAAAGGUAAUUUACCAUUAAGGGUUGUGUUAUUUUGUAUAUUCUUUUGUGGCUAUGUGAUAAAUAUCAUGGGAGGAAUGGUAGAAUAGGUUAUAAUGGUAUGAACUACCAACUUUUUAUUUUAAGAAAUGCAAUACAUAUAUAUAUACAUGUUGCAUAUGAUAUCAUGUUAGUACU